AUGCUGCGGGCUCGUCCCGUUCCCCCUGACGGGACGCGGGGCCUGGGUGGCGAAAGGUGUCUCUUUGUGUCCCUCAUCUCCCCCCUUCAUGCCCCGCUUCGUCCUUCCCAUCCAGCCGCAGAGAAAUCCCUGCUGAGGGACUCGUCCCCCGCCUCGGGCACCGACCGGGACUCCCCGGAGCCGCUGCUGAAGGCGGAGGGGGAGCAGAAGGAGCUGGACUCCAAGAGCCCCGACGAGAUCGUGCUGGAGGAGAGCGACUCGGAGGAGGCGAAGAAGGAGGGAGGCGCGGAGGACUGGAAGAAGCGGGAGGAGAGCCCGGAGAAGAAGCCGUGCCGCAAGAAGAAGACGCGCACGGUGUUCAGCCGCUCGCAGGUCUUCCAGCUGGAGUCCACCUUCGACAUGAAGCGCUACCUGAGCAGCUCGGAGCGCGCCGGCCUGGCCGCCUCGCUGCACCUGACAGAGACCCAGGUGAAGAUUUGGUUCCAGAACCGCCGCAACAAGUGGAAGCGGCAGGCCGAGCUGGAGGCGGCCAACCUGAGCCACGCGGCCGCGCAGCGCAUCGUCCGCGUCCCCAUCCUCUACCACGAGAACUCGGGCGCGGAGGGGGGCGCGGGGGGCGGCGGAGCCCCCGGCACGCAGCCCCUGCUCACCUUCCCUCACCCCGUCUACUAUUCCCACCCCGUGGUCACCUCCGUGCCGCUGCUGCGGCCCGUCUGAGCCCGGCCGCGCUGCGCGGAGGGGCGCGGAGAGGCGCGCAAGGCACCCGCCCGCUCGUAAGUACUGCAGCCCCUCGUGCGGGGGGACUGCGGGGACACGAGUGCGGGAAUGGGGGACCCCUGGGCGGGUGGUGGUAGGAGGAAAGUCGCGGAAAUUUAGAGGGGAAAAAAAAUAAAUAACGAGAAAAACGUGAGGGGAGGGAAAGGAAAAUGCGGAAAAUUAAAACAGGGACUUGUAGGGAACCCUGGAGCUGUCACACCUUUUGUAAA